CGAUUUCGAACCCAAAUAUUGAACUUGAAAACCCUUUUCUAUUUCAUUCAUCACACGACGGAUCAAAAAUCAAAUACCAUCGAUCUUUAGAGAGUGAGAGAGUGAGAGAGAGAGAGAGAGACUUCAAGAUUAUUUCAUCGACCCCUUCGAUCGCUUAUCCAUGGAAUUGUUCUGUUAAUCUCUCUCUUUUUGUGUCGCUGGACUAAUUUUGAAGAAUUUGAAGUUCUUUAUCGUAGAUUGUGAAUAUGGCUGGUACAAAUGAAAAUCUUCCAGAUGUAAUCCGCCCUACAAGACCACAAGGAGGAGGAGGAGGGGGAUUAAAGGCAGGAUGUGGGAAACCAGUCGCCCCACUUGGUCAAAACAGGAGGGCAUUGAGUGAUAUCAACAAGAACAUCAUCAGAGCUCCACCAGCAUAUCCUUAUACUGCUAACGGAUUACCAGGAAAAAAACCCAUCGCUACUAAGAAACCUGUUCCAGUUCGUCGACCCAUUACUAGGACUAUUAGUGCACAAACGACAACUAAACCAUCACUUCCCUUGCCCACUGGCAAACCAUCAUUGCCCUUACCUGAGGGUAAAAAGCCAAAAGUCCAAAUUAUCCCUGAUGAGAUUGACACUGAAGACUUGAGCAUCAUUGAUGUUGAAGAUGAUUUCAAUGCACCAAUGUUUGUUCAACAUACGGAAGCUAUGCUGGAUGAAAUAGACAAGAUGGAUGAAGAUGUAUACGAGGAGCCAGUUUUGGACAUUGACAAUGCUGAUAAGAGUAAUCCCCUUGCUGUGGUUGAGUACAUUGAUGAGAUUUUCGCCCACUACCGAAAACAAGAGGUAUUGACUUGUGUUUCACCAACAUACAUGUCACAACAACAUGACAUAACUGACAGGAUGAGAGGCAUUCUCAUCGAUUGGCUAGUUGAGGUUCAUUACAAAUUUGAACUGAUGGAAGAGACUUUAUAUCUAACGGUCAACCUCAUUGACCGGUUCCUGGAACGUCAAACCGUGUCAAGGAAGAAACUGCAGCUUGUUGGGGUGACAGCCAUGCUUCUUGCAUGCAAGUAUGAAGAGAUCUCUGUCCCUGUUGUUGAGGACUUUAUUGUAAUUUCAGACAAGGCUUACACUAGAACAGAAGUUCUUGACAUGGAGAAGGUAAUGGUGAAUACCCUUCAGUUCAAUCUUUCGGUUCCCACUCCAUAUGUGUUCACUAAAAGAUUUCUCAAAGCUGCACAAUCUCAGAAAGAGUUGGAGCCAUUAGCAUUCUAUUUGAUGGAUCUGUGUCUUGUGGAGUAUGAAAUGGUGAAGUUCCCACCUUCUUUACUGGCAGCAGCUGCAGUCUUCACUGCAGAAUGCACUCUCAAUGGCUCAAAGAAAUGGACAAAAACAACUCAACUCCAUUCACACUAUUCUCAACAUCAACUUUUGGAAUGCUCGAAGAUGAUGGUUAGUUUACACCAAAAAUCAGGCACAGGGAAACUUGUUUCAGUGUUCAAGAAAUAUGGCACUUCCAAAUAUGGCCAUGUGGCACGAACCCAGUCUCCUGCUCACUUCAUGUUGGAGCCAAGAUUCUGGGAUUGAUUAUGAAAAUUUAGGAGUUUGUUGAUGUUAAAGAAAAACUGAGGUUUUUGAUGUAUUCAGAGCAAUGUAUAGUUGCUCUUAGGUUUUUUUAGGAGUUCCUAUUCCUACAACUAUUUAGACCCGUUUGUUCUAUUUGUGUUUGAUGAUUUCUUCUUUAUAUCUAACUAUCU